CAGAAUGCAACGCUGCUCCUGAGCGCAGCCAGCGCAGCUGCAGUGUUGGUUCUGAAACUUCCCGGGUGCCAGGCUGCCUUGGCAAAUCCUGACAACGCACGUGGUGGUCCGCCUCCAGGAUUUCUAUCUAAGCAAAUCCGGAGGAUGGACGGCGGGCCCCGCCGGCUGCCGGAGAAGGCUGGGUAUCACUUCCAUCACCAGGGGGCUGUGGAGCUGCUGGUCUUUAAUUUCUUGCUCAUCCUGACCAUUCUGACAAUCUGGUUGUUUAAAAACCACCGCUUCCGCUUCUUGCACGAAACCGGAGGGGCCAUGGUGUACGGACUCAUCAUGGGAUUGAUCUUGCGGUAUGCUACAACACCAACUGAUAUUGAAAGUGGGACUGUCCAUGACUGUGGAACAUUGGCCUUCAGUCCAUCAACUCUGUUGGUUAACAUCACUGACCAAGUCUAUGAGUAUAAAUACAAGCGAGCAAUAAGCCAGCACAACGGCAGCCCUCCCCAAGCCAACGCCAUACUCGAAAAGAUGACCUUCGACCCAGAAAUCUUCUUCAAUGUUUUACUGCCACCGAUUAUAUUCCACGCAGGAUAUAGUCUGAAGAAGAGACACUUCUUUCAAAACCUGGGGUCGAUUUUGACGUAUGCCUUCCUGGGGACGGCCAUCUCCUGCAUCGUCAUCGGGCUGACCGUGUAUGGCUUUGUGAAGGCAAUGGAACAUGCCGGCCAGUUGAAAAACGGAGACUUUCACUUCACCGACUGUUUGUUUUUUGGCUCACUGAUGUCUGCUACCGACCCAGUGACGGUGCUGGCCAUUUUCCAUGAGCUGCACGUGGACCCCGACCUGUACACGCUUCUGUUUGGGGAGAGCGUGCUCAAUGACGCAGUGGCCAUCAUCCUCACAUAUUCCAUAUCCAUCUACAGUCCCAAGGAGAACCCAAACGCCUUUGACACCGCGGCAUUCUUCCAGUCCGUGGGGAGUUUCCUGGGGAUCUUCGCCGGCUCUUUUGCCAUGGGCUCAGCCUACGCGGUCGUCACAGCACUGUUGACCAAAUUCACCAAGCUGUGCGAGUUCCCGAUGCUGGAGACAGGGCUGUUUUUCCUUCUGUCCUGGAGUGCCUUCCUGUCCGCAGAGGCCGCUGGCCUAACAGGGAUCGUGGCCGUGCUCUUCUGCGGAGUCACGCAGGCGCAUUACACCUACAACAACCUGUCGCCCGAUUCCAAAGUGAGGACCAAGCAGUUGUUUGAGUUUAUGAACUUCCUGGCUGAGAACGUCAUCUUCUGCUACAUGGGCCUGGCGCUGUUCACCUUCCAGAACCACACCUUCAACGCGCUGUUUAUCCUCGGAGCCUUUCUCGCUAUCUUCGUGGCCAGGGCCUGCAACAUCUACCCGCUGUCCUUCCUCCUGAACCUGGGCCGGAAGGACAAGAUUCCCUGGAACUUCCAGCACAUGAUGAUGUUCUCAGGCCUGCGUGGAGCCAUCGCGUUUGCUCUGGCUAUCCGGAACACGGAGUCGCAGCCCAAGCAGAUGAUGUUCACCACGGCCCUGCUGCUCGUGUUCUUCACCGUGUGGGUGUUCGGAGGAGGGACGACCCCCAUGCUGACCUGGCUUCGGAUCAGAGUCGGCGUGGACCUGGAAGAAGACCAGAAGCCGGAGCCCUCGGCACACCAGGAAGCAAACAGCGCGGAUAAAAACGCCACAAGAACCGAGAGCGCGCUGCUGUUCAGAGUGUGGUACGGCUUCGACCACAAGUAUCCUUUGGCAAAUGCUGCUGUGUGGCGGGGAACCUGCCCUGGAUCGUGA